AUUCAAUACAAAUUAAUUAAUUUUUGCAUUAUAGCUAUUUCAAUUUCAACUCGCAAAAAGAAAACACACCUUUGAAUUCCGUUAUAUUCACAAUGAGCUCGACGCCCAACAGCAGCAGCGGUCCGCCUCUGGCAGCAGCAGCAGCGACGCCAUCAGCAGUAGCAGCAGCCGCGCACACCAGGCGACACCGCAGCAACUGGGCGCACGACAUGCAGCCGCUCCGCAAAUACACCCCGACGCCUACCGCCGGCACCAGCACACUGCACCAAACACAGCCGAUACUCGGGUUCACAGACUUUCACCCAUCAUCCAGCUGCACAGCAUUGUCGCAGCAGCACUCGGAGCGCAGCAUCCGCCACGGCUUCGUAGACUCGGCGAUAGUCGAAGACGAGCACCAGUCUCUGCACCGGAUGAUGGGCGACCGGUUGCGCGACAGCCGCGUGCUCCUUGGCCUCCAGGCGUUUGCCGCCGGCGUUGUCCAGCGCCAGCGCGCACGAGGCGCAGUGGAGGCGGCAGGCGCAGGGGCGCUAAGGCUUGGUGCGCGCACGGCAAAGGGCGACGGGUCGCGAGACGACUGGCUGGCUGCCUUGGCCAACCCCGGAGUGCCCCUGAGCCACCUGGCCGGCAACGUGCCCCUGGCUUUGCGCGGCGAGCCGCUGGCCGACGCACUAGUGGGCAGGCGCGUCCCAAUCCACCGCGCACUCUGGGCCAUCCGGCUCGCCGGCCUGCACGAGCAACACCACGCGCUACAGCAACCCUCGCAGUACACCGCCCAAUGGACCCGCCACUACACGCAAUUCCUCGAGCGCACACUGCAGAGCUUCGCAGAUGCAGGCACAGACGCAGAUGCGGCCACAGCCACAGCCACAGCCGCAGACGCAGACGCAGACGCAGACGCAGACGCAGACCCCCUAUGGGCCGAUCGAUGGUGUUGGGCGCGCACCUUGCUGCACGCGCAGUAUGAUGCCGGGCUCCUGGACCAGCGCCAUAUUGUCAGUUGGCUGGCCACGCAGCUCCGCACAGCGCCCCUGGCCCAAUGCCUGCCGCUUCUACCGCUGCUUGCGGACUACACUGCGGAGAUCGCCAAGGCGCGCACCCCGCUGCGCAAGCUGAUCGCCGCCCUAGUGCUCCGCAUCGAACAGGCAGCCGGAUACUCGGCGCUUUGCAGCCUAAGCCAGGCCAUGCAGGCGCACUUGGCCCGGCUGUUCGCCGCGUACCCGGAUGCCUUCAUCGACCCGCCGACGUGGCCAAAGUACCAGGCUGCGCUGACGGCUGCCUGCAAGGGCUCGGAUGCCUCGGCGCUGCGCCAUGUGGGCGCACGCAACCGCGCAUUUUCGCUGGAGAGCAGCGCCAGCGGCGGCGAAGAGGACACGGAUCGGGGGGAGCCGACGCCUCUGCAUGUGCUGGGCACGCUCACAGCAGCGCCAGGCUUUGAUGCGCAGGCGGUCUUCCAGCAACUGUUCACGCCCGGCGCUGACACUGCGCACCUCAUCCGCAUCCUAUGCUUCUGGGCAGUCAGCAGCGGCAGCGGGACCGGGACCGGCAGCGGCAGCGGCGCCGGGACCGGCAUCGGCAGCAGCAUCGGCAGCAGCAGCAGUCGGCCAACAGCACCGGACCCUCCAUCCACAGCAUUCCGCACCCUCGCAGCCGCACAGCUCUGCCGCAUGCACCUGGAAACCACCACCGACGCCCAAGGGUUGCAGGCGGCAAUCACUGGGUUUCUUGACAUCCUGGCUGACCACCCAAACGUAUGGGCGGUGUGUCUUUUGCUCGAGCGGCUGGCAGACGCCCAGUGCUUUUCAGUCGCCCGCUAUCUGCAGCUGCUGACUGCGCGCGGCGACUUCUUCGGGCCGCGCGUGAUGGCCCCACGGUCCCAAAGACACCUGGCCUAUGUGCGCGCGCUCUCGUGCAUCUCCGAAGAGGAGCGCAGUCUGCGGCGCAUGGUGCUUUCAGACGCCGACUCUGGCACGCAGCUGGCCGAGGCAGCUGCCGAGGCAGAUGCAGAGGCGCAGAUUCGCACAGAAAUCGCCACGCUGCUGCCGUUUAUGGUGGCGUACACGUGCGCGGCGCCGGCGCGCGCGCGCGCUGGCGGGCGCUCGGUGGCAGCGGACGAGGACGCGGCAGCGUGGUGGAUGCCGGCCGAGCGCACAGCACAGGCAUUGCUGGGCCAUCCAGCAGCGCGCUCGGCCUGCACCAAAGAAUGGCUGGCGCCCCUGGACGACUCCUCCCUGGCACCCGCCCUGCACCUGGGCCAGGACCUGCCGCCCGCCCUGGCGGCGCUGCUGCAGAGCGGUAGCCGGCGCUCGGCCACGGCGGCGGUCGCCCAGGUGGUGCGCAUGGCGCGCGGGUUUGUCGUCAAGGACGUCGAGGUCGGCGAAGACAACUGGCGCGUGAUAACCCAGCCCGGCUCAUCGCUGCUCAACCGCCGCCAGGCUGCGACCGUCGCCAGGAUACUGGCGCGUGCAUUGCGCCCCGGCGAGCUGCUGGACUUUCUGCUCUGGGUGCUGGCGCAUAGCCGCGCCAUGCCCGUGCUGCGCUUCGCCCACCGCGAGCUGCGCCGCCACCGCGCGUGCUGGCAGAUGAUGGGCCGGACACCGGCGGCCACAGGCGCGCUGCAAGCCAUGGUGGCCGCCGCCGCGCCGUUUGACGCCGAGUGGGUGCGGACGUCCGCCGCGUGGCCCGAAGCCGCCGCGCUGGCGCAUGUGGUGCGCAGCGCGUGGGACGCGUUCCGCGCCCAGAACCUGCCGGACGCCCUCCACGCGCACACGCAGCCCAGCACGCUUGCGGUGCCGGCGGCAUCCCUGGCGGCCGAAGUCCCGGCAUUGGCGCGGCUGGCGCUGGCCGCCGAGCCCAGCGAGGCCGAAUGGGCCGUGCAGCCGAGCUUCCAGAAGUUCGCCCGCCACACCCUCGCCACCACGGCGUCCCCGGACCAAGCCCUGGCCGUGGCUGUGGGCGACGCCACGGCGGCCGCCAUGCAGGCUGCGGCGCAGCCGCCCCUGGAUCUGCGGCUGCUGCAGUGCCACGUGGACGUGUGCGCCCAGUACGUGCGCUGGUUCCUGCUGAGCACCGGCGCGGUGCCCGUGGCUGCCAGCCGCCUGCUGCUUAUGCGCCUGGCGGAGGCCCUGGACGCGUGGACCGUGGGAAGUCCCGACGCCUGCAUGCGCGUGGUCGGGCUGUGGGCGGCUGCGCUGGUGGCUAUGGGGCUGGUGGACGCCGGCGACGCUGUCGGCUGGGCGAUCGACCGGUGCACUUCCGCUGCGCCGCCCCAUCCUCGGCCGCCGCUGUGUGCCGGCGUGGCAGCCAUUGCGCGUGCUCUCGGCGCCCUCGGCCGCCCGCUGAGCGACCGCAUGGAGGCCGAGGCCGCAUGGGAGGAAGCAUUGCAGCGGAGCAGCAGCAGCCGCCGCAGCAGCUCCGACAAAAUCACCGCCAGCCUGAACGCGCGCGUCGUCGAUCUGCUCUUUGCCGCCGCCAGAGUCUCCGGCCACCUGCGCGCCCACGGCAGCGCCCACCUGGCCGCCGCGCUUCUGGGCGCUGUGGCGGAUUUGGCGCAGGCGCCGUGGAUUCUGGACGCAGCCGCGCGCAUCCCAAUGCACCCUGGGUCGGCGCAGUACCUGGAGCCACUGGCCAUUUACCGCAGCCACGUGCAGGACCCACUGGAGGACCCAUUGGUGCCGCUGCCAGUGAAGCGCGCAUUGCUGCGCGUGCUCCUGACUCUAUGCGAGCAACGCGACCCUGAGUCCACCGGCUUUUCCGCCAUGACCACCGCCGAGGUUGCGCACAGGCUGCACCGAACGCUCAAGAACUUUUGGAAGCACUCCACUACCUGCCCCAUGUCCUCCUCUUCGUCCUCCACGGCCACGACUAUGGGGGGGGAUUCAGGACUGCCCGCAAUCCUCAACUCGCUUUUGCUAUUCGCCUCGGCUGCGCUGCAGGAGAGCGAGGCGACGACGGACGCGCUUUUGCUGGUGGCGGGUGCGAACAAGGAUGGGUCGGAUUCGGGCGAUUUGGCCGAAUCCAAUGUGCAUUUCGUCACCGAUGCCGUCGCAUACCUGUCGGCGUCCGUGCGCGACGCCCUGCUGUACUGGGAUCUGCUGGGCCCGGCUGCCAGCGGGAUGCUGGCCGAUGCCCUGGUCACUUUGCCGGUGCCAGUUAUGGUGCGGCUAGCGGAGACUUUGGCCGAAUCGGUGUUUUUGAUCUUUACUCCUACCGGCUCUACUGCCGGCGGCAGUGGUGAGGAUCAAUUGGAGUGUGGUGGUGCGCGGGAGGUUGGGGAUAUGGUCGGGGCGGUGGCGGUUGGGAGGGGCGCGGAGAUCGCAAGGGUGGUGCGGCGGCUGGUAACGCAGCUGGCCACAGCGGCAGAAACAACGGCAGGGCUUCCGGCGGAUCCUGCGGCAUUGGCGUGUUUGCGUAUGCUCGCUGAUGCACUUCUUGCCCAGCUCCAGGCCAUCGCCGCGUACAGCAACCCGACCGCCGCCGCCCACCUUCUUCCGCCGAACCCUUCGUCUGACCAUACCGACUCACCCACAAGUCCUGACGUGCCCGUCCACACACUACCAGGCCACGCCGUCCUCUGGCGGCUCCAAGCCAUCCAGCCACUGGCUUCCCUAAUGCGCGAAUACCCGGAGGACUUUUCACUUUCACAGUGGCUAACCACCCUGGUCACCCUCUCUCUCGCACCACCACUGCCGCCCGCUGCUGCUCCAACAGUUGAGGAUAGUCUGUCCUGUGUUCUUUUGGAUUUCGCAUCGAUAAUCCACGAGAGCUUAACCCCCCAGCAGCGCAAACAAACAUUGGCAGUUUUACGGUCCGUAGCGCCGCUACUUCACGGGAGUGGAAUAGGUGGCGGGGGUGCGUUAGGGAGGCUGUUUCCGUUUGAUACAAAGACUGUGGUUACUAAGGAUGUUGUGGGUGCGGAUGAGUUUGCUUGGAGGUCUUUGGGUGGACUGGAGUUUUUGCCGCUUGUUCUGGGCAGUAAUGCCGUGAUUAAUCAGGUGGGCGCUCAGGGGUUGGAGGGAAUGACGCCGUUUACGCUGCGUGGGAUGGUUGAGGAGGAAAAUGCCAGGAAAGCUUCCUCCGCUGCUAUGGCUGCUGGCGGUAAUGCUGUAUUGGGCAUGGGCUCUGUUGGGUAUUCGGCUUUGGUUCGCGGGAUUGGCGCUAGGGGGACGUCGGUGGCUGUCGAGAGGGAAUUGAGGUACUUGGAAAACCCCUAUUAUCCAAUGAGACCGGCGGUUUUGGCUGCUUUGGCAGAAACUCCAGUGGAGUGGGAGGCUUUUGGAGCUAAGCGAAGGAGAGUGGAUGCGGAGGGUAGGUUGGUGUGGAAGUAUCAGUGUCAAGCUGCUUUUGGAAAUUAAAUUGAAGUUAUUUUGGUUAUUUGCUUCUAAAUGGCCUGUUUUCAUUUAUUUCUUAGCUUGUAUAAUGGUUUUUUUAACAUAAAGCAAAAAAAGCAAUAAACAGUUUUUUUUUCAUUUCUCUCCUAGUAAAGGAAUAAAAAAC